UUCAAGAAGAAUAACUUACAAUGUCGGACACAACAAAAAUAAAUAAUUUGAUUCAACAAAUCACCACAAACAUUGCAAAUAACAAUAUAAGUGGCGCUAUAAGUGACAGUGAAAUACUGAAGACGAAUUUGCGUGCAUUCCGAAAAUCUGGCAUCAAUAUCAAAAUCGAAACGAUAUUACAAAAAAUUAAAGAGACAAAUUUAAUCGCUGUUGAACACAUUGAAUGUAUGGUAGAUGAUCCAACAUGUUAUGUGUUUACCAAUACAUUGACGCGGACCGAUGGUGAGAAAUAUCUGCUGAAAUUCUACAAUCACAUCGAAAACGAUCAAAAUUUUCAACGGGCAAUUGAGUUAUUUCAGUCAAAUUUAAUUCAAAAUAAAUGCCUCGAAUUUACGGCAUGUACGAACGACAGCAUUCACCUAAUGAGAAAGGUAAUGCAAAUGCCGAAUGGAAAUCUGUUCGAUACAUUCGUCAAUAGGCUGUGUGCAUUCGAUUAUCCCAUUAUCCCAAUAAAUAAUUUGAUGGGGAUAUUUUUGAUCGAACCGCACCAGCCAGAGUUCGUUGCAUCCGAGCUGAUUAGAGAAGCAUUUGUCGCGUCUAUGGAAACAAAAUUGCAACGUGAGGCCAGUAAUGAUUUGGAUUCAUUCUGUCAAUAUCUCUUUGAUGAGACCGUUUCCACGGAACUGCUAAAGAAAUGUUGCGACAAUUUUCUCGGAUUUUAUGAUCUGAUUCAAACGGCGAUCACAAAGCAAUCGAAGUCUAUUGAGCACUUGGAGACUGAUGAUGGCGAUUUCUUGUGGUACUUUAAAUACGAAACUCUUGGCGGAAACAGAAAGUUUAACGAUUUUGCCAAAUUUAUUUGCAAAUUGGCCUCGCCGCCUGCAUUAGACUUUACACAUAAAUUUCUGGUAUUUUUAAAAAAUAUUUUUCCACCAAAAUUGUUGAAUCAUAUUUUUGCAAGAAUUCAAUAAAAAAAAAACUUUUAC